AUGGCCCUGGAAGACGCAGCGGCGCGGGGGAGGACGUCCGGAGCCGGCGGCGACCGUCUCAGCGGCCUCCGGGACGAGGUCCUCCUCCGGGUCUUGUCGCACCUCAAGGCGUGGGAGGCGGUGCGCACCUGCGUGCUCUCGCAACGGUGGCGCGACCUGUGGACCUACACGGGCCACCUCGACAUCCGCCAGCCGUGCCUCUGCCGCCGCCGCGGCAGCGCCGGCGGCCUCUCGGCCUACCAGCGCAUGGCGCGCGCCAAGGCAUUCAACUCGUUCGUCAGGAAACUGCUCCUCCUGCGGCGGCCGCUGGUGCCGCUGAUCUCGUUCCGGCUCUGCUGGACCCACGAGACCCGCGACGGCGACACCAACACCUGGAUCUCCCACGCCGUCAGGCACAAGGCGGAGGAAAUCGAGCUCUCCGCCAAGCAUCACAAGGGGUACCCGACGCCGGAGUACAUGAGCUUCAUUGUUGAUGGCGAAGACCUUCGAAAACAAGGUGUUGCUGGCGAACCCUCCGUCAAGACUGGCCUCAAGAUCUUGAAGCUUAUCCAUCUCAGUCUGGAUGACACCACCCUCACGCAGCUCUGUUCAAGGUGCACGUCUCUGGAAGAGAUUGAGCUCAACGACUGUCUCAUACCCCAGGCCACAGAGAUACGGUCCAAGUUGCUCAAGCGUUUGACCGUGAUCAAGUGCAAAAUUCCCAAGGGAAUCCUCUCUGUUUAUGCUCCAAAGCUUGUCUCGCUGCAGUUCAGCAGCAACUUUGGCUAUGUUCCGUGGAUCCAGAACUUGGGGUUGCUAGCAGCAUCCAAUGUAAACCAACGGGUAACGCAUAAGUACCCUGACUGCUCUGGCCUCGGUUCUUGCAACCUUGAGAUCUUGAAGCUCUCUCGUGUCAAGCUGGAUGACACCACCCUCGCGCAGCUCUGUUCGAGGUGCACUUCUUUGGAAAAGCUAGAGCUCAAGGAUUGUUCGGUGGUCGGCAAGGAGAUUCGAUCCACCUCACUUAGGUGCUUGACUAUGGUCAGCUGUGAGUUCGCUAUUGAAUCAGUGACUGAUAGUCAAUGGACAUUGGAGGAUGAUGACAAAGAUGAAUUCGAUGACGAUGGUGACUUUUUUGCACAUUUUAGGGUUAAGGACUCUGAUGAUAACAGUGAUAGUGAAUCAGAUCAGGACGAAGAAGAUGAGUCUGACCAUGAUGGUGCACAUUCUGGUGCUGACGGAUCAGAUGAUAAUAGUGAAUAUGAAUCCACUCAGGACGAAGAAGAUGAGUCUGACUAUGAUGGUGCACAUCCUGGUGCUGAGGGAUCAGAUGAUAAUAGUGAAUAUGAAUCCACUCCGUACAAAGAAGAUGAGUCUGACCAUGAUGGUACAGAUGUUGGCCCUGAAGAUUCUGAUGGUAAUCACGGUUGUUCUGGACCUGGUGAUGACGACGAUAGCCAUACUGUGGGCAAUGAAGAGAUUCCAGAGGAGUACAACAAUGAUUGUGGACGAAUGUUUGGGGGAGAUGGUAUCCUUUGCAGCCUCUCCAAAGUUAGAACAAUGGACCUAUUUGCCCAUUCAGGAGAGGUGCUGCUCGUGAGGGAAUCGAAAUCAUGUACUGAUUUCAAAAACCUGAAGACCCUCUCCCUUGGUGAAUGGUGUAUAACUCCUGACCUUGAUCUAUUAGCAGCCAUGCUUCAGCGCUCACCAAACUUAGAGAACCUUUCUGUUCACCUCGACAUGGCCAACAAGGUCAGAGUGGGCUUCAAGCCAAGGGCAAGUUCAUUUGCAUGCACUAACCUGAAGAAGGUGGAGAUCACAUGUUGUAAGCAUGAUAUUGUUUGCAAAUUGAUAGAGUUCUUCGAUGUGAAUAGCAUACCACGUGAGAAGAUUUCCUUCCAUUGGACUGCCUGCCAUUGUGUCGUCGAGAGAGUAAAAAAUAACAAUUGUGUCAGUGCCACUGAUGGUGAGGCGGUGACACCUACGCACUGGCAGAGCGACACAGUGCUGAUAUAUGGAGUCGACAACCCUUUCGAACUGCAAGCCUUAUCAACACCAACUUGUAUCCGUGCAGGCAACCCGUUCGACAGAAUGCUCCGUGAAGACGCGGCAGCGCAGGGGACGCCCGGAGGCGGAGGCGGUGGCCGUGGAGAUGCCGGUGGCGGCUCCAGCGACCGCCUCAGCCGUCUACCGGACAAUAUCCUCCCCCGGGUCAUGUCGCACCUCAAGACGUGGGAGGCGGUGCGCACGUGCGUGCUCUCCAAGAGGUGGCGCCACCUGUGGGCCUCCAUGAACUGCCUCGACAUCCGCAAGCCGUGCCCCUGCGUCGACGACGGCGACAUCAGCGCCGACCAUCCCCGGACGACGGCGAGAGCCGAAUUCGUCAAGAACCUGCUGCACCGGCGGCGGCAGCUGGCGCCGCUGGACUCGCUCCGCCUCUGCUGGAGCCACGAGGCCCGCAACGGGAACGCCAACUCAUGGAUCGCCUACACCGUCAGGCACGGCGCGGAGGAAAUCGAGUUCUCCGGGGAGCAUCACACUCGCCUCAGGACCCUGAAGCUUAUCCAUGUCCGGCUGGAUGACACCACCCUCACGCAGCUCAGGUCUAGGUGCACUUGUUUGGAAGACCACCAUGCUGAAGCGGUUGGCCAUGAACAAGUGCAAAAUCCCCAAGGGCUGCUUGGUUUAUGCUCCCAACCUUGUUUCGCUCUGUUGCAGCAGGCCUUUUGGGAGGAGGAUGAGUCAGAUGAUAACAGCAACAAUGAAUCUGAUGGUGACUCUGGUGACACAACGAAUCUGAUGAUAGUAGUAUCUACUAUGAUUCUGAUCGUGAUCGAGGACAGAUACAGAGAAUCCAAGUAUUUGAUUAAUGGUCAUAAACGCAGUAUAGAUGAACCUGUGAAAAGUUGCUGUGAAGAGUAUGGGAGCAAGAUUUCUAGUGACUUCGGUGGUGUUGGUAUGCUUUGCAGCCUCUCACAUGUUAAAACAAUGGACUUGUUAGCUCAUCCAAGAGAGGUGCUGCUUACGAGGGAAUUGAAAUCUAGCACUGAAUUAAAAAACCUGAAGAUUCUGUCUCUUGGUGAAUGGUGUAUAACUCCUGGCUUUGAUGAGUUAGCAUCCAUACUUGGGCACUCACCAAACUUAGACAUGGCAUAUAACAAAAGAUUGGGAUUCAUUCAAAGUACAAGGUCAUUCGUGUGCACCAAGCUGAAGAUGGUGAAGAUCACAUGCUGUUGUAUGGAAAAGGUUGACUGA